UGACUGCCGGUUCAUCCGCGCGGAAGUUCGUUUGUUUCUAAACAUGUAUGAGUUCCGAUGUGUCCCAAACUCCUGGGUGUAGCUGGCGUAUUCCGAGCACAGCGGCUAAAUGAGGGGUGUGUUUUUCAGGGUGCAGUAAGUUAAGCUGAAAUGGCUCACAUUAAGGAGUACAUCGACAGCCUGAGCCGUCUGUACGAGCGCUACACGGAGUACGUGAGGAGGAACCCAGCUGCGACGGCGCAGCUGGAGAGCACCGUGCGGACGCUGUCCUACCUGAUGGCAGGGCGGUUUGCAGAUUCCCAUGAAAUAUCUGAGCUCGUGUACUCGGCCUCCAACCUCCUCGUGCUGUUCAAUGACAGUAUUCUGCGCAAAGGCCUGAGGCGCGCCUUCCCUGUGUCUCUCUCUCAGCAGAGACUCCUCACCUGGCUGUCCGUGUUGGAGUAUGUGGAGGUUUUUCUGGAGAUGGGAGCCUUCAAGCUGUGGGGCGACGUCGGCCGCUGGCUGGUGAUCGGACUCAUUCAGAUCUUUAAGGCAAUUUUUCGUCUCGUGCUUCUUCUGUGGUACAAAUCUGGUAUCCAGACUUCACCACCCAUAAUCCCACUGGACAGAGGGGCGGAAUUUAUCAGUGAAGACAACACGGAGCGGCAGGAGGACUCCUGCUUCGUGGGCCAGAGGUCAGGACGCGCCGUGAGGCCACUGGGCAGCGCUCCGCCCCUGCAGGCUCGGCUGUGGGGAGCACCGAGUCAGAAGAAGAGGAGGAGCAGCUCAGAUGAGGAGAAACUCCACAGCAGACCAACGCAGCUGGGCCUUCAGGAGACCAUCGCUGAGGCUGUGUACAUCGGACGGCCACUCGUGCACCUCCUCUGCCUCGGGCUCUGUGGAAAACAGUCCUGGAAGCCGUGGCUCGUCUCCGGAGUCCUCGAGCUUUCCAGUUUCGCUGUGCUCAGUGAAACAAAAUUUCAGAAUCGAUGGGAGCGAGCCGAGAUGAGGAGGAGAACCUUUCUUCUGCUCUAUUACCUUCUUCGCUCACCUUUCUACGACAAAUACUCAGAGGAGAAGAUUCUCUUCCUGCUCAGACUUCUGGCUGAUCAUGUUCCAGGAAUCGGCCUCGUGGCGCGUCCUCUGAUGGGUUACCUCCCCACCUGGCAGAAGAUCUACUUCUACAACUGGGGUUAAAAGCUGCUGGAUGUGCUCAUCCUUGAGGCCCAGCGACAGACGCUCGCUGCAGCUCCCCAGAAAUCUGAUAGGACGACGUGGAAACGAAAGCCACUGUUGACCCACAGCGAGGACCUUCUCAGCGACACAACUCGUCUGUUUAGAUUGUUUCAGAAAUCAAACCCACAUGAUUAUUGUGACAUUACUUUAAAUAAUCAGCAAACAGACUUUUCAGUCCCGCAGACACUGGAUGUCCAGCUGUUGAUUUCACGUUGGAGUGUUUCACGCAGACGCACACAGCAGUGGAGACAAGACAAACCGGUUUCAGGCAGGCUGUGAGUCAAUCACCAGAAGGCAGCAGCAGCUUUCAAUCUUUAUUAACAUACCGAAUAAGUUUCUUUUUAUAGCCUACAAAUAAAUAAUCAAAUGUUUCACCA